UUCAGGUUAGUGUAAAAAUGUCGGGCGAAUUGUCAAAAACUUUGUUUACAUCUCGCCCAGCCACGUGAAUUUUCAUAUCAAAAUUGCUGUGGUGGAUAAAUUAGAGAUAAGGAAUGAGCGUGAUGAAUAAGUCCAUGGAGAUUGCAAUAACGUGUGAUUUGAGUGGUGCACUGUUUACGUGCUGUGUGUGGGAUGCAAAAACAGGGAACCAUUUGAUGGUUUAUCGGGGUGGUGGAGCAGUCAAUCCGCGCUGUCUUGGGCUUCUGGACAACAAAUUCUUGAUCACAUCGGACGCCCACAAACCUCUGUUGCACAUUUGGCCGAUUAAUAGUCAGGAACAGGUGAAGAAUAAGCGUUUUGUGAUGCCGGGAUGUGUGUCAGCGUUGGCAGUAUCACCGGAUGGAUGUUUUAUUGUGGCAUCAGUGGCUGAGGUUGUCUAUGUGUGGCAUUUCCUGACCGGGAAGAUGGUAGCAUCACUGGGUAGGCAUUUCCAGAGCAUCACUGUUAUUAAAUUCCACCAGAAUGGUUCGCAUUUUGUGACGGGAGGACAGGAUGGGAUGGUGCUAGUGUGGCAAUUGGCACAGUGUGUGGAUCUCGAUAGGAGUGUGACCAUCGAGCCACUGUAUAAAUUCACACAUCACUCACUUCCAGUGCAAGACGUCCAUGUGGGUGUUGGGGCAUCAGGGACUCUGAUCUAUUCGGUAUCAAUGGAUAGGACGUGCAAAGUUUAUGAUUUCUCCAGUGGGAAUUUGGUGAUGGAUCUUGUGUUCCAGGAAUCCCUGACGGCCAUUACGGUGGAUAAGGCGGAAUCUAGGGCUGUGGUGGGUACAGUCGAAGGGCCCAUCUAUGAAGUUAAAUUGAAUUCACCGCCGAGAUCGAGGGAAAUUCAUAUGGAUUCAAAUGAUGUUAGGAGUGUUUUUAUGGGUCAUACGGGAUCCGUGACGUGCCUAUCCAUAUCACUGGAUGGUGUGACCCUGCUGUCAGGUGGUGAAGAUACCAAUGUAUGUGUCUGGCACAUUCCCACAAAACAACUCAUCCGGAUUAUAUCCCAUAAGGCAGCCGUGACCAAUGCUUUCUUCACCCUCACGCCUUGCACCAUGUUCGAUGAGGAUGUGGAGCAUCAGCUGGCCACAAAUAACUUCCAGCGCAUGAUGGAGACUGUGGAGAAAUUUGAGGAGUUGACAAUCGAUGUGGAAGCUCCUCCAACUGACCAUUUGGCUACUACCAAUCAGAAUGCCGCUUCGGCAUCUCAGCACACCGUCAGUGACAACAAUAGUUCCGGAGAUGCUCAACAGCAUGAGUAUUACAUACGACAGCUGCGAAAAAUCAAUACAGAUCUCUACAAGUACAUUGUUGAUAAUCAAUUGGGAAAAUAAAUUCCACAUUUAAAGCAUUUCCUGAAGCGGAAAA